AUGGCUGAUGAUCAACGAGCAAAAAUCAUAUCUCUUAACAGAAAAAGAGGUAGUAUAAAAUCCUCUUUAACAAAGCUGAACUCUUUUAUCGAAACGGAUGAUUCAAAGGACUCAAUAGUGUAUCAAACCAAACUGGAUAAUCUUCUCAAGAUUAAACAAAACCUAGAACAGAUUAAAGAAGAGUACUUCGUCACAGCCGAGGAUUCCGAAUUACAAGAAUUGGAAGAUUCGGUAGAAGAAUUAGAAGAACAGUGCGAAAGACUAGAGCAAACAUACAAACGCAAUGAGGAAGGUAGAUAUAUUGUGGAAAUGCCAAUAAAGGAGAAUCCCCCUGUGUUAGGUGAAUCAAAACAAAUAGCGCGAAAUCGUCUAGACAGUUUAAUUAAAAGGCUAAACAAAAACCCGCAAAUGAAAAAGCUCUAUUCUGAAUUCAUUGAGGAAUAUGAAGCUCUUGGUCACAUGGAAAGAGUAAUGGAAGAUGAAUUACCAGAAACUAAUUAUUUUUUACCUCAUCAUGGAGUCUACCGGGAAGGAUCUACAAGCACCCCUCUAAGAGUAGUCUUCAAUGCUAGCUCCCCUAGCUCUAAUGGAGUUUCAUUAAAUGAUUUAUUGUGUAAAGGUGAUGUUGUUGAGGACAUUUUUGAAUUAAUAUUAAGGUUCAGGACACACAAGUUUGCCUUUACAUUUGACAUUCAAAAGAUGUUUCGUCAGAUUUUAGUUGUGCCACAUCAAAGAGACUAUUUACGAAUUUUAUGGUUUGAUGAAAACUCUCAUCAAGAAGUAACAUUUAGAUUAAAAACUGUGACAUAUGGCACUUCAUGUGCACCUCAUCUUGCCAUACGCACCAUUAAACAAUUAGCUUUAAAUGAAGCGUCGGACUUUCCGUUAGCAUCGGAAAUGGUUUUACGCGACCUUUACAUGGAUGAUGGGAUUACAGGUGCCCCGGAUAUCCAAACUGCUCAAAUUCUACAACAACAGCUGAUAAAAAUGUUCGCAAGAGCAGGAAUGUCUUUACAUAAAUGGACUUCAAACUCACAGGAACUUUUAAAUAGUUUUCCAACUUCUAAUCCUGAAAACACUUUUCCCAUAGAUGAGCAGGUCUCAAAGGCUCUUGGCAUGCAUUGGAAGCCUUUCGAGGAUUUAUUCAUAUUCACAGUCAAGUAUGAGAAUGAAUCUAUACUCACGAAACGAACAGUUCUGUCAGUCAUUGCCAGACUCUACGACCCCUUGGGUCUGCUGGGACCAGUUAUAUCUAAAAUGAAGAUUUUUCUCCAAAAAUUGUGGUUGCAAAAACUUACAUUUGACGACCCCCUUCCACCAGCCAUUGGUAAAGAGUGGAGUCAUUUAGUUCAAUCCCUUAGGGCUCUUGAGCUAGUAAAAAUCCCAAGAUGGAUUUUAAAUGAAAAUCCUGCAAAAUUAAUUCUUCAUUGUUUCUCAGACGCCAGUGAAGCCGCAUAUGGAGCAGUUAUUUAUCUACAGUGCAUCAGUGCCAAUGAUAUAGUCACAUCUAGACUUGUAUGCAGCAAAACUCGAGUCUCCCCAUUAAAAACUGUCUCCAUUCCCAGAUUGGAACUUUGUGGAUGUCUUCUCGCCGCUCAACUAAAGGCCAAGGUUGAAAAAGCUUUACAUCUACAAAUUGAUAGCGCAGUGAUGUACACAGAUUCUACUAUUUCCCUAGCCUGGAUUCAAACACCAUCACAUCGUCUCAAGACAUUUGUUGCAAAUAGAGUGGAAAAAAUACAACAACUGACGCAGAACAACAAAUGGCAGCAUGUUUCCUCCACUUUAAACCCCGCAGAUGUGAUAUCAAGAGGACUAGUUCCAGAACAACUGAUUGACAACUAUUUAUGGUGGAAUGGACCAACUUUCCUUCAAGAACUACCUGUUUCUGUGAACUGUGCUGACCAACAAAUGAUUGAUGCAUCUCAGGAUUCUCAAUUUUUAUUGGAACUCAAGGACAAUACCACUCACACCUUAGUGACUUUAAAUUCAGAUUUCCUUACUAACUUUUUGAAAAUUAGUAAUAAGUAUAACAAAUUAAUACGUGUUUUCAGUUUUCUCCUCAGAUUUCUAGGAAACUGCAGAAACAAGAAGAUGAAGGGUUCACUCUCCUCAAAGGAAAUCGAGGAAGCAGAAUUUAAAUUAAUUUCCCUUGUACAACAAAAUGUUCUUGCUGAUGACUUCAAAAACUUAGCAAGUGGUAAACAGGUAAACCCUUCUAGCAAAUUAAAAAGUUUAUCCCCUUUUUUAGAAAAAGGUUCUAAUGUAAUUAGAGUAGGAGGCAGACUUAGAAAUGCCGACAUACCAUUUCAGGUAAAAUUUCCUAUUAUUUUACCUAAAACUCAUAUCCUUACCAAAUUAAUUAUGCAAAGUAUUCAUCUUAAAAAUUGUCAUAUUGGAGCCCAAACUUUACUUCAUUUAACUAGACAGAUGUAUUGGCCCAUUGGGGGCAGAGAUAUAGCUCGCAGUAUUGUUCAUAACUGUAUUACUUGUUCCCGAUAUAAUCCUCACCUGUCUAUUAAAAAAAUGGGUGAUUUACCCGCAGAACGUUGUAAUCCUUCGUUACCAUUCAAUAUUAUUCGAGUGUGCCUUGUUAAAACAGCCAAAGGGACUUAUAAACGCCCAAUUACGAAAUUAGCCAUAUUGCCAAUUGAAACCUAA